UGACAGAUUAAACAAUGAAACAAGACCACUAAUCUUAUCUGUUGUGUUCUGCUCUACACUCCAACCCUGCUUCCCACCGAUAACAUCUUCGGCAUUACAAAAUACACAAGCAUGCAUUCCUUAACAUGCACACCACUUUCUUCUUCUUCUUCUUCUCAUCACACCACUCUAAAGCCAAAUCUCAACCCUCUGCUAGGUUCAGAUGCAACUUCGAGGCCAUCUUCUUUACCCUUCAAAAGAAGAACCUGCUUUACUACCAGAGCCAUACUCUCUUCCACCAGAGAUGAUGUCUUGAAGCACUUCAACGAACGUAGAGCUCUCAAGAUUAUCUCAGGCUUGCAGAAUUUCAAUAAAGACAAUGUUGCAUCGGUGGUCACUGCUGCUGACAAGGGUGGAGCAACUCACGUGGAUAUAGCAUGUGACCCUGAGUUGGUAAAGCUAGCUAUUGGCUUAACUUCUUGUCCGGUUUGUGUUUCUUCUGUAGAUCCUGUAACAUUUCCAGCUGCAGUUGAAGCAGGAGCACUAAUGGUUGAGAUUGGAAACUAUGAUUCAUUCUAUGAGAAGGGAAUAAUUUUCACUCCUGAAAAGAUUCUUGGUCUUACAAAGGAGACAAGGAGAAUACUUCCAUCCAUAGUCUUGUCUGUCACUGUUCCUCACACUCUAAGCCUCCCUGAUCAGGUCAAGCUUGCAGAGUCAUUGGAACUAGUAGGUGUAGAUGUUAUUCAAACUGAAGGAGGAAAAUGUUCUAAUCCCACAAAAUCUGGUGUUAUGGGUUUGAUUGAAAAGGCAACACCAACUUUAGCAGCAGCAUAUUCCAUAUCACGAGCUGUUAAGAUCCCUGUCAUGUGUUCAUCAGGGCUAAGCGCUGUCACAGCACCUAUGGCUAUAACAGCUGGGGCAGCUGGUGUGGGUGUAGGGUCUGCAGUUAAUAGACUUAAUGAUGUGGUUGCAAUGAUUGCGGAGGUCAGAAGCAUUGCUAAUUCAUUGCAGACAUCAUUUCAGACAUCCACCAUUUAUGAAGUGGAAACUCAGAGACAGUAGUUUGUUUAGCAAGAAACAAAUGAAGGAUCUGUAGGUAGUGAAUAAAACAUGCAAAGAAAAUUUGGAUCCUUAUAGGUUCCAUUUUUCUUUGUCCUUUAUAUUUCGAACUUGUUCUCUAAUGAAAACUUGUUGGUCAGUUGAGUGGAACUAUGUAUUCUUCCUUGUUCUUUAAGAGGUUUUGCUUCCUAUAAAGAAGUUUGUAUUUUAAAUCA